CUCCGUAUCUCUGAACUGAUUCCCUAUUCUACCCGCACCCCUAAUCCCUCCGCUCUCUCUCUCUCUCUCUCUCUCAGAGGUCACAGCCAGGGAGUGUAGCGUGGCAACGACUCGAAUUCGACGAAUCCGAUAAAGCCUCUCUCUCUCCCUCUUUCUCUGAACUUUCACGGACACCAAAUGAGAUGAUAAUGGACCUGUCCCGCCCUUGAACUCUCUUUCUCUCACCCUGCCCUUGGUUUCGUCGCCUCUGCUUGCGUUUCGUAAGCCCUAAUUUUCUCUUUCUCCCCAAAUUUGUUACCUUCAAUGAUCGAAACUCCAUUCUGAACUGCAAUUUGGAAGCACUUUGGUCUUUGCAACUUACUCGUCUGUUGAUCUAGAUUUGCCCGAAGUGCGACUCAGGUAGCCCGCUAAGACACUAUUGUCCAUAUGCUAGUGGGAUGGAUCAAUAGGGAGACAACAACACUACUUGUGAUGAUGGCGGUAUUUGGAAAUGGUGAACGGUAGCAGAGGACGACGUAGAAUUGCUUCCCGACAUUUGAGGGUAACUCCAUAUCCACUGCCUUCUUAUAAGUCAGAUGUUUUGGUGGACAUGUGCCCCAAGAAAUGCUCCAAGACUUUGGAUAAAAAAGACUGGGAAGAUGCGACAUGUUCUGUGUGCAUGGAGUGUCCUCACAAUGCUGUCCUCCUCCUCUGUUCUUCCCAUGACAAGGGUUGCCGUCCCUUCAUGUGUGGAACUAGCUUCCGGUACUCCAACUGCCUUGGCCAGUACAAGAAAGCAUAUACUAAAGUAAACUCAUCAAGUGAUGGACAACACGUGCAUGCCUCCAUCAAUGAUCCCGUUCUGGUCCCAGAUUCCAGUUGGCCCAUUGAGAGUUGUGAAGUCACUGAGCUUGCCUGCCCCCUUUGCAGGGGCCAGGUUAAAGGUUGGACAGUGGUUGAACCUGCACGAGUAUAUCUAAAUGAGAAAAAGAGAAGCUGCAUGCAGGAUAAUUGCUCAUUUGUUGGAAAUUACAAAGAGCUGAGGAAACAUGUUAAGGCAGAACACCCCUCUGCAAGGCCACGUGAGGUGGAUCCCAUACUUGAACAGAAAUGGAGACGGCUUGAGCGGGAGAGGGAGCAGGAUGAUGUGAUCAGUACAAUAAGGUCAACAAUGCCAGGGGCAAUGGUUUUUGGAGAUUAUGUAAUUGAAAGUAAUCAUAAUGGUUUUGAUACCGACGAAGAGGACGGUGGUUUUGAUGUAAACGCUGCAGACAGUAAUAGGGGCUUUGGGGUUGGCUUUGAUAGUAAUCUGGUGAAUGUCUUUCUUCUAUUGCACGCAUUUGGGCCAUCGGGAAAUGAUCUUGGUAGACGGCUGAGGCAGGCUGAGAGGACCUUUCAACGUGGAUCGGAUCAGAGUGCUGUUGGCAUUCACCACACGUCUCCUGUUGGUAGAUUGGAUUCCUCUGAUCAAGAUGACUACAAUAACAGUGAUGAUGGUGGUGGUGAUGAUGGUAGUGUGUCACUGGUUAGCCGCCUUCGCCGACAUGGCAGGGUAUUAUUGGGACGAUCAGGAAGGAGACGCAGGCGUAGAGAAGCCAUAAUGGAUCAAAGGUAGAUCAAAAUGGUGCUAGGGGAGGGAGAAGUUUCUCGGGUAUAUAGCUCAGUAGGGAAAAGAAAUUAGGAAAUAACUUAAGAAAAGGGUUGGAUUUCUCCUCACAUUGCAUGGAUUACUUCUCAUUUGUAUUGUUGCAUGGCUUGUGCGAUAGAUUAGCCAAGACGAUGAAACGUGGAAAGAUUGUUGUUUUUCUCUCUCUCUGAUGUACUUUAGAUGUAAUUUCCCAAUUACCUUCAUUCCUCUUUA